CGCUAGAAUAUAGGGCCAUCGGGAUCAUAGGGAUGAUCCAUAACAUCUUCGCAGCCGGAACUGCGCGAAACCCUAGGGCUGCAAACAUUCAUACGAUCAAUCACGCCCGGGCUACAACCAUCAUUGGAAGAUCAAGAACAUACACGGAUGAUUUGCUAGAAAAGAUAAGUAGAAAGAAUUAUCAAACGUUCUCGAAUGGGCAUCUCAUAAGGAAAAAUCCGUAACAAAGGGCAACACAAUUACUAUAGUAACAGGGCUAAAAAUGCCG